AUGUCUGCCGACACUUACCAGGCGACCUUGGUGCGAAGUGCCGGCAAGAACUUGGAUGAAGAUGCACCAGUUGCGGCUGCAAACAGGAUAUGGGAUGGUUCGCAGAUGCCUGAUCCGACGGAGGUUCAGGGCUUGCGAGUUGCGGAGCGGUACAGCAACAAGUUGAACGGCCUGGAUCCGAGCCAGGUCUACCAAGUGCCCCAGGAAGAUGAGCUGGAAGAGAGCCAGGAGACGAGCGAAGAAGAGGAUGCUUCUUGGCUGGAUUUCCGCUCCUUUGCUCGGCACACACUUUGCGAGGCUGCCAAGCAAGCCCUACGCACUCGGUGUAUGGUUGCAGCGAAACGAGCCUUUGAGGUUCUGGCUUGCCAGGCCUACGGCCUUUCUGUUCCAAUGGCAUCCUUUGAGUUUCUAUGCUGGCUGCAGAGUACGGAAGUGUGCAUGCGAGAGGAGAUGGUCUUCAAGGAGAAGCUCCCAGAGGAUCACGACGAGCGUGUGCAGCUCUACUUGCUGAGAAACCUGGAAAGCCGAUGGCCAUUCCCGGAGGAGCUGGGAACCUACAAGGCUAUUCGACAGCGGCUGGAAGCAGAGUCGCCCUUCUUCCAGAGACUGCAGUUGGACCAGCUGCCCUCGAUCGAAGAGAUUGUGCUCUCGCACUUACCGGCUUUGACUCUGGUAGUCACCCUGCAGUUCCGCUCCAACUACAUCUAUGCAGGGGCGGUUCUGAGCCCGGACGCGGGGGACCGGACGGAGCGUGCCAAGCAGCUGCAGCCGAUGGUCGCAAGGCACAUGGUACACCCUGCAGAGGUGCAGACCUCCAUCAAUCGGAUUUCCUCCACAAACAGUCAGAUUGAGAAGCAGCUCUUGUCAUCACCAGAGGUGGACCCCCAGUUGCGCGAAAACAUCCGGAUCAUCGUGGAGGAGCUCGACCAGCAUUUGAUGGAACCUCUCUCUCGUCGUUUGGAGGGGCACUUCUGGCAAUGUGGCCUUCAUGCGCGCGACUCAGGAUCUGCAGCAAGCGUGGUCCUUUUGGUGAGGGAUGGGUCGUCCACCGCAGCUCAUGUUGAAAACAUGGAUUUCUGGCAGCAGCAGUUUUGCAAAUGCACCAGUAUGUCGCGCCCCAACAAACGGGAGGGGCUGGACAUCAGCAGGUUUUGCAACGGCUCCAUCAUAUAA